ACACUCCCUGCAGAGGGAGAAGGGGAGGGAGACAGAGAGAGGCAGAGCGCCGCCACACACAACGAGGGAACCCCAUCAGCUGGAAGUCGAGUAACAUUACAACUCUCAGCAGCCCUGAAACAACUACAUUAAACACACGAGGGAUUCUUCUUUGAGGAUUAAACCUGGAUAUUUCCCCCUUCUAACGUCAUCAGUUUUUGUUUUAUUCUGCGGAGACUGUUGGCUAUUAUUUUUCAUUUUUUUUAAGAGGGGGACCAAACUGGCGAAAGGCGAGCAUGGAGUAUUUCAUGGUGCCAGCUCAGAAGGUGCCCUCAUUGCAACAUUUCAGGAAAACGGAAAAAGAAGUGAUUGGUGGUCUUUGUAGCCUGGCCAACAUUCCUCUGACCCCAGAAACAGCCCGGGACCAAGAGAGGCGGAUUCGCAGGGAGAUUGCCAACAGCAAUGAGCGUCGGCGUAUGCAGAGCAUCAAUGCUGGAUUCCAGUCACUUAAAACACUCAUCCCACACAGCGAUGGAGAAAAGCUCAGCAAGGCUGCCAUCCUGCAACAGACAGCAGAAUACAUUUUUACUUUGGAGCAGGAAAAGACACGGCUAUUGCAGCAGAACAGUCAGCUCAAACGAAUCAUACAGGAGUUAAGUGGUUCCUCCCCCAAAAGGAGGCGUGCCGAGGAGAAGGACGAAGGAAUCGGCUCACCGGAUAUCCUGGAGGAGGAGAAGACCGAGGACUUGAGGAGGGAGAUGAUCGAGCUGAGGCAGCAGCUGGAGAAGGAGCGUUCAAUCAGGAUGAUGCUGGAAGAUCAGAUGCGUUCUAUUGAUGCUCAGUUGUACCCGGAGAAACUGAAGGCCAUGGCCCAGCAGUUGCAGGAGCAGCAGGCCCAGACACAGGGCCCUGUCCAUCUGCAGCAGCAGAAACAGCUGGAGAGGGACCUCACUCCAGCCCACAGCCCUCAGGUGUUGGCCCCUGCGACUCCUCCUGUGCCUACACACCAUGCCACAGUCAUUGUCCCCGCACCUGUUCAAACUCCUCAACCCCAUCACGUCACCGUGGUAACCAUGGGCCCAACAUCAGUUAUCAAUUCAGUGUCCACGUCUCGACAGAACCUGGACACCAUUGUUCAAGCAAUCCAGCACAUUGAGGGCACCCAGGGAAAAGGCUGCGAGGAAGACAAGCGGAGGGCGGUGAUCGUCACCUCAGGACGUGUCCUCUCCGACGCCGUAGGCUCAGACACGGCCUCAAACAGCGACGGGCCUGAUGACUGUUCACUGCCUUGAGUACACCCCGGAAGUCUUGCAUCCCACACACCUGCAUACAUGUGCACACUUACACACAAGAGGCCCGAGCAGACCAGGGCUGCAGGAGGCCACAAACUCACAGCACUCUCGUUCAGUGGACAUUGACAGGGCUGGUAGUCAAAUUGAAGCACUCAAUUUUAGUUUUUCUGUUUGUCUUUCUUUUCAGUGCACACCAGGGUGUACUGUGAUAGGCAGCCCGACUAGAUUGACACUUAUAUGCUCAAACAUGCAGGCUCUUCUGCAUCUUUCUCUGCUUACUUCUAGCCCCUGCUCUCUCAUUCAUACUCACAAACGCAUGUCUCUUCAUUGAUCCAUAGAAAGAUUUGUAGAGCGAAUAUGUUGCUGCCUGAAUUAUGAAAGCUCUCUGAAACUGGAGACUAGAUAUUUCAAAUGUACGCUAAACAUCUCCAUUAGCUACCAGGACCGUUCUUCUUGUGCGCCCCUGCAGCCAUGUGACUGAUCAGUGAAACAGGACAAAAGGUUAAUGAAGAGUCCCGGUGGUGUGGCGCCCCCACCGACCCAGCAUCUAAGCAUUUUCAUUAAGAUGGAGAUUCUUUUCAAACGUCAAUGCUCGACACCCGUCUGAACUGUUUGGAAAGACACUGUGAGCUAACAAGACUGUCCUGAAGUUACAACUUUUUAAUGUCAUGUUGAAAUAUGUUAUUUUACUUAGACAAGUCUACCUUUUUAAUGUUUUUUUUUUCCCUGAAAGGCUCAGCCAGAAAGUGAAGAGGAAAAAAAAAAAAAAGGCAAUGAGAAUUUCCAAGCCGUUUUCAUCGGCUGAUUGGUGCUCGGAGGAAAUUAUGAGAUAGUGCACUUACUGGUUCACAACUCGUGUUUUUGUUGGUUUCUGUUUUUGCUGGGCUGGGUUCCCAGUUUUCACGCAUAUGUGUUUGGCCUGUUCUUUGUUUUAUUUGUGGCCUGACACGCACACACACAAAAAAGAAAGAAAGAAAAUGAAAAGAUAAUAGCUUUGGCAUUUCUCUACAUCCUCCCCCUCUUCGACUAUUAAAGCACCUGGCUUGUAAAAUAAGCUAAACUGUGGGCCCUAUUGAGUAAUAUCUGCAAAGUGUGUGUUUUCAUGUUUGGAAGCAGGAGGGCGUAGUGGUACCCUGGACUCUGGCAGUCUGCAGCAGCACCACUUAUGCCUUGACAUGAAACACUUAACCCCACGGUUGUGACUGACAUACAAUCAUUUGUUUGCUCAAUCUUAAGAGCUUGUGUUAUUUACUGUCGGUGUAGUGUUUUUGUACAAAUGUUGGGACAUAUAUCAAAGCAGAGUAUGCUGAAAAAUAAGACCAGUUAAAUUGUACGUGUGGCACGGAAGUGACAGAACGGACUACUACCCAUGCUCUAUGCAUUUCCUUAUGUAGAUCAUCUGUCUUUCCGUGCAGUUUCUGUCUAUUGUACUAUGCUAAUCAAAUCAUUUUGCUCAAGUUAUAAUUUUAAAUGUGCUUUUUAGCCUAUAAGUCUCGGUUGACGGACUGAUUAACUCGUAGCGAGAGAAAGGCAGCAGAUUGCCGUACUAAUAGCCUGUUAGCGCAGGGAGGCACUGCAAAGCCAGCCUUAACACAGCCCUAGGUUUGAGAGAAGUACCCCGACUGGUUGGAGGCAGCUGAAAUCACUAUACCAUUACAAAAUGAGGUUUUAAAUACAACUGGAGCAUGUUGGAAUAAAUGCUCCCAGUUAUUUUAUCAAAUUCUUUUGCAUUCGUUUUAUGUUGUUUGCCUCAAAGGGAACAGGAUAUAGAAUUAUAUUCAAAUUAUCCUGAUAAUUCUUUGUCAGAGGCAUUCUGAAUGUAUCAGCAUAUUGAUUUCUGCUCAGUUUUGCAUGUGGAUUUUUAAACCGUUAAGGCCCCUUAGUUUGAUCUAUUAAAGCCAGAUAUGUUGGGGGAGGACAAAAAAAGUCCACAGUGACACGUUGACAUUCCAUAAAAUAGUUUUUUUCCAAGUUUUCUCGUGAGGUUUCUUUUAUCUGGUAAAACCUGAUAUAUUCAGUAUCUCUUAGGGCUUUGACACAACAACAUAUUUGGUAGCAAAGUGGUUCCUUUUCUCAACACUUGGAUGGAGCUUUGAACUGCUGGACAGAUGACGAGUUCAACUAAACACUCCUCAUCCCAGUUUAUGUCAUACAACUGCCCUUUAAAAAUAUUGAUGUCAGCUGCACUGAAAUUAGAGGAACUGAAUCACGGGACACUUCUCCAUACAGGAAGGGGAUUCCUGGAUGUGGAAAACAUUUGCAUGCUCUGCUUUCUUGCAGAGUGUCUGUUUGUUGCUUUCAGUAACUGCAUUAGAGAUUUUUUUUCUGCACAGUCCUAGAACUGGUUUGUUUCCAUUUGCUUUUCUCUUUUUCAUUUUUUUUUUCCCGGUUCUCUUUAUUGUACGUUACAAAAUAUUACAUGGACAUAUCAAAUUGCCAGAUACGCGGGGAUCACUAAAUGGGGUCAAGAUUACAAAGCACUUACUGUACUAUACAGGAGUUUGCCACCUCUUGUUUGUAAAGGGGCAUCUCCUCAGCUGAAGCUCUUGUGGUUAUGAGUAAAAAUCGCACAGCUGUGUAUUCCCCUUUUCCUUCUUGUCAAGUCCUCUAAUUUGUCCUCUUUAUCUUUCACUUUUUUUGGUCAUAUUUUAUCCUGUCUUUGUUUAUAUAUAUUGUCAAUAUCUUUUUUUUUCACAUUUUGCAGCUCAUUUUGCUCUCCCUGCAUUUGGUCAUCAUGAAGCUAAGAAGCUUUUUUUUUUUUUUUUUUUAAGAAAUGUUUUGGGGAUAAGAGGCUUGUGCCUUUGUAAAGACAGAAUAAUAAAGUUUGUACUUUGUUUUUUAAAUCUUGGCCUUUUGUUUCUGUAUUUUCUGUGUCGGUUUCAGUUUAAAUAUGAGCUGAACUGAUGGGAUUGCAGAAUUUAGGGCAUUAAAAAUGACCUAACUGGUUGAAUUUGUCUGAUUUCCAGUUCUGGUUGACCGUCACUCCAAACAGUGUUGUGGAUGCACAAGUGU